AUGCAGGGAUGGAUUAAAUUAAUGGAAACAAUUCGUAAUUCCGAUCCACCAUCAAAUGAAUCAGCUACAUUCUUACCGAACAGUAAUUUUCAUAAUUAUAGAAAUAGUAUGCAACAUCAAAAUUUAUUUAAUCAAUCAUUACCAUUAACGACCAAUACAAAUGAUUAUUUAUUAAAAUCAUCUGAAAGAAUAAAUACAAUUAUAACAUUAGAUUCACCACCAAAUAUAUUUGAUUCAUCAUCUAUUAUUAGUUUAGACACAACACCAAGACAAAUUAUUGAUGAUAUAUUAUCUGUAGAAAAUGAGUUAAUAUCACGAUCAAGAUUAAGACGAGAAAGUAUAAUUUCAUUAGAAAUUGAAUCACCAACAACAACCGCAUCAUCAAUAAUAUCAUCUACAGAUUCUAAACAAUCUCCAGUACAUUCAAAAAGAAAUUCUAUGCAAAUAUCAAAUACAUUUCGAGAACCAAUAUCAACAAUGAAAUCUAAUCAUAUUUCGACGCCAAUUACAGAAGAUAUAUCAGAUGAUGAUGAUGUACCACUUGUUGAUAUACGUAAACAAAAAAUCAUCUCAAUUGAUACAUUAUCAAUUCCAUCAGCCAAUGAUUCAAUUAUUCCAUUAGCAACUGAUCUUCAAUCAUUACCCGGUCAUAUACAAAAUGAUAUACGUGAUAUACGUUUUCUUAUUUAUAGUGAUAUUGAUACAUUAUCUAUGCAUUUACAUACCUGUUUAUAUCUUGAUAAACAAUCUUCUUCCUCUCCCAUAACACCAAAUAAUCUAAAAACUUGUAAUGUUUUAAAGAAAAUCUUUAAAAUUUAUUAUAUAAAAACAUUUCGUAAACAUUUAUAUUUGGAAAAAAAGAUUUCAUUUAUUAAAAAUGAUAAACAUAAACAACAACCAUUAUCUAUGAUAAGUUCACCGACAUCAACCUCAUUUACAACGGAUUGGACUGUUAAUCGAAGAAAUCCAUCAUCAACACAACGACAAAUACCAAAGAAUCCUUUUCAUAUUCUACAAUUAGAACCUGCAAAACAAUUUUUAACAACAGAUAAUUCAUCAUCAUCAAAUAUUAUUUCAAAAUCACCCAUUGAAAAAUUUGAAACAGUUAAAGAUAUUCUUGCACGGACGUAUUAUCCACAUUUAUAUACAGCAAUUGAAUGUGGUUAUCAUUUUGGUGAAAAAUCAAAAUUUCCAAAUACACAACAAUUAAUAACAACACAUGGUGAUAUAACAUUUAUUAAAGAAAUGCCUCAAUCACCACCACCACCAGAUGUUUUCAAUGAUCCAAUAGCAAUUACACUUAAAACACCUCCACCAACAACAAGACGUGAUUCAAUAAUUAGUCAACCAUCACCCAUAAUUAUGAAGAAUCGUAAUCGACAAUCGAAUAAUUCGAAAAAUGAUGAUUCAAGAUCUUUGUCAUCGAUACAUGUUGAACCAUGUAUGGAUAAUGAAAUUGAUGAAUUAUCACCAUGGGCAAUUAAAAAAUCUGUUGUUAUUUUGACGCCAACGAAAAUUCCAUUACCAUCAAGAAUAAUAAAUGAAAAAGAUAAACCAUUGACAAAUAAUAAUCGUAAACGAAAAUUCUCAAAUACAAAUAUUAAAGAAAAUAAAAAAAAUCGAAUUGAAUCAACAUCAUCAUUAGAAACAAUUAAUCAUAUUGAAGAUAUUACUGAACCAGAAAGUGAUGAUGAUGACGAUGAUGGUGAUGAAGAUUAUAAUGUAUUACCGUCUGAAUUACCAAAACAAUGUCUUAUUAAAAAUGGACUUCGUUCGAAUUAUUAUAAAACAAGAGCUAACGAUAAAUCGAAACCAAUUAGUAAUAAAUCUUUUCCUGAACGACGAAGACUACGACGACAAUCAUCAGGUUCAUUACCAUCAUUUUACACUGGAAUAUUUGAAUCUGAUGAUGCGAAAUCUUCAUAUAUUGAUUAUCGACUUCCAUAUGAUAUCUAUUGGCAAGAACAACAAAAAACUAAACAACCAACAAUGAAUAAUCAUUUUCCUCAUAUGAUAACAUCAACAAUUUCAAUCUUACGUCAUAAUAAGAAAAAAUCAAGUAAACCAAAACAAAAACAAUUAUCACCUUAUAAAAAAAUCUUUCGUAAUGUUUAUUCCGAUCAAUUACGACAACAUGCUUUAUCAUUAAAUACUACAGAACACACACCUACUUGUGAAUGUAAACCACCUCAAACAUGUGAAGAUGGUGUAUGUCUUAACAGAGUCAUGUUUACUGAAUGUACUAUACAUUGUGCUUGUGGUGUCAAAUGUACUAAUCAAAGAGUUCGUAAAAAUCUAUGGUACAAACAUCUUGAAGUUUUCGAUACUGGUAAAUAUGGUCAAGGUUUGCGUACAACAAAUUCAAUAUCAAAAGGUACCUUUCUAUGUGAAUAUGUUGGUGAAGUAAUAACUGAAGAACAAUUUUAUGAUCGUAUGAUAAAUUUGUAUUCGAAAGAUGAACAUCAUUAUACAAUGAAAUUAACACAAAAUUUAGUUAUUGAUGCUUAUCGUAUGGGUAGUAUAGCACGUUUUGCUAAUCAUUCAUGUUCACCAAAUUGUGGUUUUGAAAAAUGGAGUGUUGAUGGUUUACAACGUAUGUGUAUGUUUCCAUUACGUACAAUAAAAGCAGGUGAAGAAUUAACAUAUGAUUAUAAUUUUCAAUGUUUUAAUGUACAAACACAACAAGCAUGUUAUUGUGAAAGUCCAAAAUGUCGAGGAAAAAUUGGUACAAAACAAAAAUCAACAACAUCAUCGAUAAUAACGAAUAAUGAUACUAAUUCAUCCAUAACAAUUCAAAGAUUAACUCAACGUGAAAAACGAAGAGUUUUACAAUCAUCUAUAUUUCUACUGCGUAAUCUAAAGAGAAUAAAAACUAAGCAAGAAUUAAAAAAUAAGAAUAGUAAUACAUUACAACAACAACAACAAACAACUGAUAACCAAUCUGCAACAUCACUUUUUUUUACACAAAAUUAUUAUCAUUCAAAUGGAUCAAAUAACAGAACAAUAUUACCUAAUUUAAGAAAAAAUCCAACAAUGAUUCAUAAGGAAAUGUUUUAUCUAUUUUAUAAUCAUAUUCGUCGUUCACAUUUUGUAAAAACUGGUCGACAUAAUUCUGAACUUAUUGAUGAUACAUGUUAUUAUGCUCAAUUAGCACAAUUGAAUCUUAUAUUAAAUGAAAUAUUUGACUUAAUUUUAUAUCAUAGAGGUCGAACUCGAGAUAUCAUUCCAGCUAAUGCAUUAAAAAAAUGUCCAUCAAAACGUUUAUAUCCUGCAUAUUAUCAGAUAAUAACAAAACCAAUUGAUUUAAAACGAAUACGAAAUAAAUUAGAUAAUGGAGAAUAUUUAUCAUUUGAAUUAUUUGAACUAGAUCUUUUAUUAUUAUUUAAUAAUGCUAUUACAUAUUGUGGUGCAGAUUCUCAUGAAGGUCAAGCUGUUUUAGAAUUACAAAAUUAUUUUCUCAAUACAAUCAAACUUCAAUAUAAAACUAUGUUAAAUUUAUUUACAAAUAUGCAAGAAGAACAGACGGAUUUAAAUACGCUUGAAAAUUUUAUAGAACGUUUACAUAAAAAAGAAACUAUUGAUGGGCAAAUAAGACAAAUUCUUUAUGAUAUUAUAUAUAAUAUAAGUGAUAAGAUAAUUGAUGAUGAUGAUGAUGAUGAUGAUGAGACAAUUGAUAAUUCACCGAUUGUUUAUAAAAUCGUGCUUGAUAAUAAACCAAGUUCACAUCGAGCAUCAAGAUCUAGGACAGGAUCAGAUUGUAUUGUUCAUUGUCGUUGUGGAUCUGUUUAUGAUGAAAUUUCACUUGUUCAAUGUUAUGCUUGUCAAUUAUGGCAACAUGUUACAUGUGUUUCAAUAGAUGAUUCAAGUCGGCCAUAUUAUUGUUUUGAAUGUGUAGCACCAUGUGAACAAAAUCCAUCUGCAUGUUUAAAAACAAAUGUACUUCUAGCAGCUACUUUAUCACCUCUACAAACUUAUGAUGAUAAUCAUGAGUCAUAUUCAACUUUAACACGUUCCGAUGGAUUUGUUAUUCGUAUAAAUGAAUGUUAUUUUGUUGUAAAACAAGAUGAGAAAAAUAUUGAUCGAUCAUUAGUAUCCCCUGAAUAUGAUAUUUUAUUUGUUGAACGACUUUGGUAUGAUGAUUAUGGUGUUGGACAAGCGUCUGGCUUUUUUUAUAUACGUCCAAAUGAAACAUUUCAUGAACCUACUCGCAAAUUUUAUCUUAAUGAAGUAUUUCGUUUUCCAUCAUCAAAUGAUCCUUUACCAAUUAGUUUAAUUGUUCGUCCAUGUUUUGUAUUUGAUAUUGGAACUUAUCGUAAAGGUAAACCAAUAUCUGAUAAUAGUAAUCGAGUAUUAUCAAGUGAUUUAUUUAUUUGUGAUUAUCGUGUUGAUAAAACUGCAAGAACAUUUACACGUUGGGUAAAAACAAAACAAUAUCCAACUAAUACAAAACCCUAUUGUUUUGAUACUUAUGUGGAAAGACUGUCACCUAAAAGAGAUUAUCAGCCCUAUCAAAAAGAACUUCAACAACAAAAACAAGAUCAUCAUCAUCAUCAUCAUGAUAAUCGUCGACGUGCAAUAAAUCAUUCAAAUAAAUUAACUCAUAAACAACUUCAAGAAAGGCAUACACGUAUAAAUGGUAUUAUUGAGAAAAUUUAUUGUCGUCAUUACGGUCAAAAUUCCGUACCGGAUGAAAUUAAUUAUUCAAUUGAACAAUUUCUUCAACAAUCAUUUAUACCUCCAAGUUUAAUUGAUAUUAACCAUCAUAAUAAUAAUAAUUCACCUUUAAUAGAAAAUGAUACUUUAAUAUUACCAUUACAAUCUCCAGCUGAAAUCAUAAGUAAAAAACGUCGAACAAUAUCUUUAUCAUCUGAUGAUGAUAUUGUUGAAUUAAUACCUGAAAAUGAUUGUCCACCAUCAAAAAAACGAGGUUCAACAGGACAAUCAACUAUUAGUCCACGUUAA